UUGCAGAAACUUAUGCUAAUCCACCCAAAUAUGUGCAUCAGCAAUUUGCUUUAAUGGUGGUUUUAUUUUUCGGUGGUCAAUUUGAUUUUAAAAAUCUUACCGAUGAAACAAUCAUUUGCAUAAAAGCUGAUUUCGAAAACAUGCUUAAUUUUACUAAUUUCGAAACAUUAAAUAAUGCGGCUUUAUUGCAGGGAUAUAAUCAAAUUUUUUCAAAUCAAACUGCAAUUAAACGUUUUUUGAAGCUUAUGUCAAAAGCAUUAAUUAUUCAAAGUUCUACAAAAAACCAUAAUGUCGAUUGGGAUUGGAAUGAAAUUAAUUGGUCAGAGGUUGUAAGGAAAUUAUACAUUAUUUAUAAGAUGAAUCAGACUACUGAAUCACAUUGUUGGCCAAAAUAUGACUUUAUUAGAAAUAUAAUUGAUAUCCAUAAAAAAGAUCUUGAUCCUUAUUUUAAUAAUACAACAAGGGGAACUAUUAUUGAGGAACAACUUUAUUCAUAUUUUGAUA